GCGGGGCCGCCGCUCUCCUUCCGGGAGCAGCGAGCGCCCGUUGGAGGGGGAGAAGGGCCGCGGCCCGCGUCACGUGUGGCGUUUGUUGACUUCCUCGAAAGGUGGGGGCGGGGCUGGCGCCCCGGGAGUUUCCCGCGGUGGCGGAGGCCGAUACCGAGGCCGGGCCGGCUGGGCGGAGGCGAUGGGAGCCCGAGGGGGCCCUGGCGGAGACCGUGACGGCCGGCGCUACCUCUCCGCCGAGGUGACCGCCCGUUACUGACCCGCCUGGCCCGAGCAAGGCCCGGAGAGCUGUCAUGGAGGAGUUGGUAGAGGAUGACAUCUGUAUUUUGAAACAUGAAAAAGCAGACAACGUUCAUAAGAGAGAUGGGGAGAUUCCUGUUUCAUCUUACAGUGGAGAUGAGUCUGUUGCCUCACACUUCGCGCUUGUCACUGCAUAUGAAGAUAUCAAGAAACGGCUAAAGGAGACAGAGAAGGAGAACUCCUUCUUAAAAAAAAGAGUGAGAAUUCUAGAAGAGAAGCUGCUUGGCUCCCGACUGGAAGAGGAAUGCAGUUCAGUUGGACGUGAACAAGUAAAUAAGGCAUACCAAGCCUAUCGAGAGGCCUGCAUUGAGCGAGAUAAUCUGAAAAGCAAACUGGAUAAAAUGAUGAAAGAGAGUGCAGAAUCCUUGAAAAGCUUGAAUGAACAGUUGCAGUCUAAAGAAGUAGAGCUGUUACAACUGAGAACUGAAGUGGAAACUCAACAAGUGAUGAAAAAUCUGAAUUGUACUCAGUCCAGCUGGGAAAUAGAGAAGCUGAGCAGUGACCUGAAAGUGCAUAGUCUGGAACAGGAUGUAGAAAAUCUCAAGCAAGAGUGCAACAGUCUCAGAAAGGAGUUGCAAAAAUCCAAGCAGAAGGACCGGGCUCAAGAGGAAAAUCCAUUAAAUGGAGACCUCCUUCAAAAACAAGACAUCCAGAGCGUGCAGCAGGCAUAUUGGGAACUGAAGAGAGAAAUGUCCAAUUUGUGCCUAGUGACUGAGAUGCAAGCUGAGGUUCUACGAAAACUGAAAACAAACCCAACAGCGACCAAGAAAGUUGUGGUACUUACUGUGUUCAGAAUACAGAAGAUGCCGGUGAUAGACCCUGAACUUGGUUACAAUACAUUGCUGCCUCUACCGCACCAGUACAAUGUGUUGACUUGAACAUUUCAAAGCUGAAUUUGACAUCUGGGGUAGUCUAUAAAAAACUCUCACAACACGAUAAAGCACUCUGCAACGCUGUGUGUCCCCCCCUGCCAAGAGAUGUAAAAAUCCCAUCUGAAAGGGUGACUCUACAAGCACGGACAGAUGAGAGAUCCGUUCCAGUUGAUGGCAAAACAUUUCAGGAACACCAUUCUUAUGGAAAGAGCUCUCUGGAAGAUAAUUCCUGGGUAUUUCCAAGUCCUCCAAAGCCUAAUGAGAAUGCAUUUUGGGAAAUGAAAAAUAAAACAACUUUGUUAAACUGUCCAGCAGAUUACCUGGAUCAGUGUAAUCAAAACUGUCUGCACAAGAGUUAAACAAUUUUUACAAUGAACUGAGGCGUUUUUAGAAUGGCUCUGAAGAGGCACCUUAAUGCUUGAACUUUUCACGAAGGAAAACAAAUUGCCUGAAAUGUUCUUUCUUUAUUUUUAAUUCUAGUUCUAAAACAGAAAGUCUUCCUCUGCUGUAAAUCAGGAGCAAGUUCCUUGAAGUUAAAGCUGUGCUGGUAUAAUGUAAAUAGAAAGAAAUCUAGCACGGGGCCGAGAUAGUCUUGUACUGCAAAUGGCAUACAUUUGCAAAAGAUUACACUGAGAAGUGAGUUCUCGGAAUAAAACAAAGUAAUCCA